UUUAGACAAAUACAGAAUUAAGUUAACGCACAAGUAACUUCUAACCUAUAAGUUAAAUAUAACGGUGCAAAGCUGAUUCAAUAGAAGCUUAUGCGCCUCUGAGGUGUGUGGAUCAUGUCAUCCACUUGCAGAGCAAUGUGAUGAGUAGCUGUGGGAGUACCAACAUCGGCACAAAGCUAAGGGGAUCCAAGAAUUUGGACAAAGGUGAAGAGACACUGUUUACAGAGCCCCAAGAAGAUAAAGAAGACAAUGAAAUACUAAGUAGUUACAACGUUAAUGAUAUUAUAAGAGCACCAAGAACAACUUUAUUUAUUUGCCAGAGAAAUUCCAGCUAUUAUUCAACUGAUCACAAUUUUUCGAGAUUUAAGCCCAGGUUUAGUGGUGAGCCACGAAAUGAAUUUCGAAUGGCUCGCGGAGGUAUCAGUGGAGAUCGUGGGCGAGGAGGUGGCGGUGGCGGUGGAACAAAGGCUCGAGCAUUCAAGAAAACUAUCAUCGACCGCGAGGCGAAUAUCGACAGCAGUUACACGCAUUCUCAGUCGAGACCGAAAUUUCAAGAAUCGCUGAAAAAUCAAGAGAAUAAGUAUUACGACGAUAAGAGAAUAAAUGAUGAUUCUAGAAUUCCCAAGCUUUUGAGACGCUUGUGUCGAGAAGAUGACUAUGAUCAUUUCUUAGGCCUUUGUAAGCAGAUGCAGGAAGGCAUUAUUGCUCCUGAGAAUCAAAAAUAUAUCAGACGAAAUUUAGACGUCAUCUGUGAAAGUUUUUUGAAUUUAUUGUACAGCGGACCCAACCUUGAAGCAAAAUAUCAUAUAGCUAAAUGCCUAGGAGGUAUUGGAUACAUCGCAGAUCAAGAUUUCAAAAGAUUUAUGGACUGGUUAUUUAAUAAAUAUUCUUUGGAGCGCAAGGAUGACGUGAAAUGUUUACUCAUGAAAUCAUUCUGUGAGACACUAAACCUCAAUGCCAAAACACCGAAAUUAAAGGAUUAUUCUUUGACAAUGAUGUCUCACCUACAAUCUGCCUUAGAAAAUGUUGAUCGUCCGGAUUUACUUAUAGCCACUGUAGAUUCGAUCCUUUUGAUUAUCGAUGUUUAUCCAGAAAGUUUUAAUGAUCACUUCCGAGACACGGUAGAUAUCCUAGUUGGCUGGCAUAUUGACUCAACUCAACAAAAAUCCAUUGUCGAAUAUGCAAGUCGUAGUCUGCAAUGGUUACGUAACUUCUGGAUUGCCGAUCUACAGUUUACGCUUACGUUGCUUGGCCAAUUCCUUGAAGAUAUGGAAAGUUACGAUGAGGAAUUAUCACUUCCGGGUUCCGGACGAAGUUCACCAGGCGAAGAAGAUGGAUUGCCUUGUCCGAGGGAUUGUAUUUUGAGAAUAACAUCAUUAAUAGCAGUCUUCAAUACAGUGAUGAAGUGCAUCGAAGAACACUUGAGUCCUGCUCUCACACCCAACGUCCAGUGGUCUUUUCUAAUGGAUUGUUUAUCAAAAAUGCUUCGAACAGUUGUUAAAGCUAUGGAACUUGACGAUGGUAUUGAAAUUCUGAGUAAUAAUGAUAUCACUCUAUCUCAGGAAAAUGCUGAUAGCAUUACUCAGUGUAUGAAAAAUAUGAAUCUUUCUCAAAAUAGUAUCGAUGCAUUACUAAAAAGUUUAAAUAAAGAUGAAGAAGUCAAUGAGGAAAGCUUAGUGAAGUUAAUAAAAUCAUUAAACUUAAAAAAAAAUGAUAAGAAAAAUGCAAAAUUUAAUGAAAAAGACAUAAUUUCGACAUUGACAAAAGAAAAAGAGGAAUCUUUAAUUAAUUUGUUGAAAUCUAUGGAUUUACGUAUCAAGAAAAACUCUGACCUAUCAGAAGAAAAAGAAGAAUUAGUUGUCGUUGCUAAUGAAUGUACGUUUUUGUUACUCGGGCUCUUACAGAGUAGAGUUUCUAAAAAUCAUGACCUCCUAUAUAAAUUCAUCAAUCAUCAAUUGCAACGUGUAAGUAUUUUCUGGGAUAAUACCAUUGUAUCCAUGCUCAACACCAUCUCCAAAGUUAUUAAAGAGGUUUCAGCCAAUUUACCAUUAGAUCUCGUUCACACUCUGCUGGGUAAAAACUCUACAAUAACAAAGCUACGUUUUAGAAGCACUUUGAUUAUUCAGAAUGCCGUGCUCGAUGUUUAUCAAAGUUUACUGAGCCUUAAGAAUAUCCCAUUACUGCAAGAGGCCUAUCGUUAUAUUCUUGCAGAUCUCGAAAAUGCCUACAAAACUGUUAUACCUGUGACUGAGCCGCUCGUGCUAGAUAAUCCUCUCACAGAUGCACAGUAUCAGAGAAAACAUGCUGAGAUCGUCUUAGUGUUUCUAUUGAGGGCUCUCUCUGACAUUGCAAAUGCGAGUAAUUCUAUUAUUGGAAUGUGGGCGUUAAAACCGAGUAUAUUAGAAUUAUUAGCAGUGAAAUUAAAACCACAUAAUUCACUUUUAUCAAAGGAAAGCCCACUUUUACAGUAUCAUAUUCUGUUUUUGUUAUAUACUCAUUGUUCACGAUACAAUCAUUUUGUGCCUAGUUCAAGUUUGAUAACAGGUACAAAUGCAUGUCGGCCCUUGGACAUUUUCCCUGGUACAUUGGAUGUGCCUACAAUCUCUCCGACUAGCGGACACUUGUCGGUAAUUUUGAACCUUAUAGUGAAGACCAUUGAAAACAAAGAAAUUCCUGAUAAGACAUUGUUAUUAUUGCUCGAUUGGUUAUAUGAAAUCAAUACACAAGCUGAAAAUUAUAUCGGUAUGCUUAGUAAAUCCAAAGAAUAUCAAGCUGUAGUUGCUAGUUUAUUGAUUUGCGGAGGAACGACUAAUUUUAAAAUUGCUAUUGCGGCUUGCAAAAAUAUAGAAACUUUAUUCAAAGCAAAAGUAUUAUGGCCAGACGAAAUAUAUUAUAAUAUUGUUGAUGUAAUUAUUCCACACUUGACUUCUUUCGAUAAAUCUGUUCGUGAGAAAUAUGGGCUUCUUUUAAUGAAUAUCCCAUUAAAUAUAGUGAUGCUAAAAUUAAAUAAGGCUGGUUUAUUAUCUGAUGAUAAGAAAUGUAGAGACAUCCAAAGCUACUCCUCAAAAUCUUUAAUUCUUACUCAAAGACUUCAUAUGCGAAGUAAUAAUGGAGAAAUGCAAGCUCAGCAUUUUAAAACAUAUAUGGCUUUUCUUUUGCAAGAAUAUUAUUUUGAUGUCUUUGGUUUAUCAGAAGUUUUUACUUUAUGUUGGCCAAAUGUAUCAGAUAACGAAGCUAUGGCUAUGAUGUAUGAAUUGGCUCUCGCCAAUUGCUCCAUCUUGUUUUUUUGGUGCGGUUUUGAUGCCGCACAACACUGUGUUCUCAAUAAGCUUCGUACUCCUUUGGGAAAACCGCAGGAAACUUUUACAACGAUCGAGGGAGCCUUGAAGAUGUUAGCUCGUGAAAUAUCGUAUGUGCCAGAAAUGCCAAAAAAAGAUAAGCGGGGCCUUGAUUAUCUGCUGCACGAGCAUACGCGUGUGCGACUUUUGAUUGAGUUUCUUGAGCAUCUUGAGCGGGUUAUACACAAUGCGGCUGAGGGCUGUGCUGUUGCAUUGCUACCUCAUUCCAAGCCUGUUCGUACAUUCUUUCAUACAAACAGAUCUACAUGUCGAGAAUGGCUUAAUCGCAUUAGAUUAGCAUUGUGUGUAGUUUCUCUACAUGCUGGAUUAGCUAGUAAUGCACUGAGGAAUGGUCAGAAAUUGCUUGAAGAUCUGAUCGUUGUUAAUAAUAUUCAGGGUGCAGAAUUUGAAAGGGCAACACUGUGUGUCGCUAAAGCCAUGGUUAUGUUGGGGGAAGCAGAAGCGCUACAAGGUUUGUAUGUUUACAUAAAGGAGAAAGAUCGUAAAUUUGUAUGGCUUAAAGCAGCGAUGGAGGAAGCAGCUGGAAAACAUGAAUCUGCUGCCGAGAAUUAUCGUCAAAUUAUCGAAGAGCAAAUUCAAAUUCGCCCUGACGAAGAUGCCAAAACUUCUGAUGUUCGAUCAAGCAGUGAAGGAGGAGAUUUUCAGGUGGCUGUAUUCUGUAUGGAGCAAUUAUCCAAAUGCUAUCGUUCAGUUUGUGACUGGAAGCAACUCGAAAACUGGAAAAUUCGUGAAUCUGAGAUUUUCGAGCAACAGAAGAACUCGUCCUUGCGCAAACAAAUGUUUGAAAGCAUUGCGCCUCAGCAAGCAACAUGCUUAAGAAAAUUCGAAGAGGCCGAGGCAUUAUCUUUACAGGAGCUUUCUGACUGGACGUUGCUGGACGAAGAGGCCAAAACCAAUUGGAGCUGCGCCAAGACGAUGAUCGAAUGUUUCAAUACACUUACUAAUGUUGCGUUGCGGAUUUACGUUGAUGACAAUGAGAACAAUUUCCUCGAGGACGUUGAAAGGUGCAGAAAGGUUGCCGCCAGAACAAUGGAGGAGGGACUCAGAAACGUACCUUCGGAGUAUCUGAACGAUGCGAUUCUCCUACAGUAUUCAGCUGCGGGUCUUAGGAAUCUUUUGAAUAAUUGCCCCGGAAAUCCUGUAAAUGUUUUCGAAUUGUUACAGGUGGACAAGUUGUGCCACUUGAGCUCGAGUGUGUUGACGCAAGUGCUUUGGUGGUCGAACUACUUUCGAAAAACGGAGAAGUCUUACCACGAGCUGAGUGACGUAGAGGCGUUACGUCUACACGUGGCUCGUACGGCUCGCAAAGAAGGCAAUUUCGGACUUGCCCAGCGCGAGCUUAGCAGAUACUUUGCCUCGGGCUGUGGUUUUGCAACACGUAGUACCAUUUUCCAAGACAUCGUUGAGGAGGUGCUGAGCAAUGCCGAAGCAGCAACGCAGAUCAGCUGGUCCGAAGAUAAUACGAGGGCCUUCAGAGAGACUUCGAAGUUGUUGUAUAAUAUGGAGAGGACCGAAGAGGCGCUAAAAGUAUGCAGUGUUACCGCAUUGGGAAUAUCUAAAAGCAUCGUGGCAGCGGGAGAACAAGCACCUGCUGAAUUGAGAGAGGUUGGAACCAAGGUUUUACUCACUCUAGGAAAAUGGAUACAGCAGGACGCGAAGGUGGAGAAUAAUCCGCAGCUGGACGAACUACUGUGCUUCGAAUCGUUGCACAACGACGGCCUCAUGGAUAAGCUUUUCGGUAAGACGACUGAGCUUAUACCUGCUUCGGACGUCAUAGUUGGCAAGCUUGUGCAACUUGGGGUGAACCAGUGUCCCGACUUACCCGCUGUCUGGUCAAACUUUGCUGCCUGGUGCUACAAAUGGGGCAGAAAAAUUGUUGACAAUCCCAGCAGCGGACUUCUUACCGAUAACGACAAAAUGAGCAUACAAUCGCUUUUGCCUUCCGACGUGAGCGAAGCCGACCUUAACGCCGUGCUCACAAUUCUCGGUCAAAAAAAUCGCAUCGUGCCCGAGGAUGAAGGAGAUAUUGACACUCAUGACGUGAACACUUCAGAAACUAUCGAGCAUCUCUUACGUAGUGUUCCAAUUCUAAACUGCGCUAGUAGUGAACACCUUAGCAUGUUAGUGGAUAUCUGGCGACAAGCGCAAGCUCGGAUUUAUUCAUACUACGAAUUAUCUGCAAAUGCGUACUUCAAGUAUUUACAAUUAGCUAAGGACACCAACGAUUGCGAUACGAUUACGGCAACUCUUCGAUUACUCCGGCUAGUGGUCAAACAUGCCUCUGAACUACAAAACGUCCUCGAGUCCGGGCUUUCGACGACUCCCACGGGCCCGUGGAAGGAGAUAAUACCUCAACUUUUCUCUAGGCUCAGCCAUCCUGAGUGUUACGUGAGAACGCGUGUCUCGGAGCUGCUCUGCCGCGUUGCUGAAAAUUCGCCUCAUUUAAUAACAUUUCCGGCUGUUGUUGGGGCCGUGUCCAGCAGUCAAAUUAAGAGUUUACAGGGUGCUGACUUCGGUAAGGAAGUUGGCAGCGAUGACGUCGUUGACAUAGAUUACUUUUCUGGCGAGGACGGCGAUUAUGGUCAAGACGCUAAUCAAGGCUUCAUGGACGUGUGCUUUGCGCAACUGACUGAUUGUUUAUCAAACAGAAUUCCUGAUUCCGUCGAUCAAGUUAAGAUUUUAGUAAAGGAAUUGCGAAGAAUUACUUUAUUAUGGGAUGAAUUGUGGCUUGCAACUUUGUGCCAGCAUCAUUCAGAAAUUACGAAACGAUUCGAACAGCUUGAGUUGGAGGUGCAAAAAGUUCAAGAUAAUAUCUGGCUUUUACCCGAAGAAAAAGACAAAUUGAUAGCUGAAAAACAUCGCAUUAUUCUGAAACCUAUUGUUUUUAUCUUAGAAAAUCUUUUAGCAAUGACAUCAGUGCCUGUCGAAACUCCACAUGAAAAAUAUUUCCAGGAAAAGUUUGGCCCUUGCAUUGAACACGUAAUCGAUAAGUUAAAAAAUCCAAAGAAUCCGGCAAAACCUCAAGCAGCAGCUUUGGCAUUAAAGCAAUUGGAGGCCAAACUUGCACAGAAGGUGCAUAAACGUGGAGCAUAUUCACUAUUAAUGUCAGAUAUCAGUCCCACUCUAGAAAAAUUUAAAGAUACUUCAAUCGCUAUGCCUGGCAUAUCGACAUCUAGAAUGGUGACUAUAAAGUCCGUAGAUAAUAAUGUGCAAAUACUGCCGACGAAAACAAAACCGAAAAAACUCAUUUUCCGCGGCUCGGAUGGACACGUAUACACUUACCUUUUCAAAGGAUUGGAGGAUCUCCAUUUGGAUGAGCGUAUAAUGCAAUUCCUCAGCAUUUGUAAUACGAUGAUGUCCAAGGAUAAUAAUAACGUUGUGAAGAAGGUAUAUCGUGCGCGUCACUAUUCCGUGAUACCUCUUGGACCUCGUAGCGGCCUCAUUCAAUGGGUCGAUGGCGUUACGCCUCUUUUCGCACUUUACAAACGGUGGCAACAGCGCGAGAGUGUCAUGAGCAAUAAGACUACGAAUUCCGCGAUACUAAGACCUUCGGAGCUUUUUUAUAGCAAACUCACUCCCUUGCUCAAAGAACGAGGCAUAAGUACAGAUAACAGAAAGGACUGGCCAUUGCCCAUUCUUAAACAAGUGCUCGCUGAACUCAUGACUGAGACGCCCAAAGAUUUGCUUGCCAACGAAAUUUGGUGCAACAGCAUUAAUGCAGGCAGCUGGUGGCAAGCAACGAAGAACUACUCGUACUCGGUGGCAGUGAUGUCUAUAAUCGGUUACAUAAUUGGUUUGGGUGAUCGUCAUCUCGAUAAUGUACUUGUCGACCUCAAUACGGGCGAGGUUGUUCACAUUGAUUACAACGUCUGUUUUGAGAAGGGCAAGACUUUGCGUGUGCCUGAGAAGGUACCUUUCCGCAUGACACCGAAUAUCAAGGCAGCUUUAGGAGUAACUGGAGUCGAGGGUAUAUUUCGAUUGGCCUGUGAGCACACGUUGCGUGUAAUGCGACGCGGCCGCGAAACUCUCCUCACCCUACUGGAGGCCUUUGUCUAUGAUCCCCUGGUGGAUUGGAGGGCCGGUGCCGAGAACAGCAUUGCGACUUAUGGCGCGUGCCAAGCCAGGGCGAGAUGUACGGGCGUUGGGAGGAAGCAGCUCGAACUCGAGUUGACGGUUGCCAUGUUUGCCGUGAGGAUCGCCGAGAUGAGGGCUGAGUGGCUUGCAAAUAAGGACGAACUCGCUAAAAGUUUUCCCGCACUUUGCCACAAAUUGACCAGAUGGAUCGAGGCAUCCGAGGCGUCGCGCCAAUGUCAGGAGUCCCUCCAGGAUCGUCAUCGCCAGCUUGCUCUGGUGAAAGAGGCCCAGGCAAUGGGUAGAAAUCAUAGCCUCUACUCUGUCGCUAAGCGUUAUAGUACCUUCAAACGUGCCAAAGAUAUGCUUGAGAAGGUUAAGAUUGGUCUUAAGGAGCGCAUGGACGAGUGCCAGAAGCACAUCAACACCCACAACAUGUCCAUGAACGCGGUGCGAGGUCCCCAGCUCGCGAGGUGGCUCAGCGAGGCCGGGGGCUCGAAUAUCCAGGAGGAUCAUCUCGUGUUCGACCUUGUGAAGGAGUUUCUGCAGAACGCCGGCCAGAGUCAGAUGAUCGUCCAGUGCGAGCAAUCAGAGAACGAGCUCACUCAACUUGCGCUCCAACAACUCAUCCUUGUGCGCAAUUGCCUGGACCUUUUGAGCCAGUACUCAGCUAUAUGCAGCCUUUACCCAAUGAGUAGCAUGACGCAGCACAGGUCAGUGCUAUACCAUGGCUGGAUAAGCAAGUUGUUGCUCACGGGAACUGUCGACACCUGCCAUGAGAUCCUCGCACACCUCGAGACCCAUUUUGCACCUCUAACCGCUGGCAAUCCCAAGGUCCAGAGGACUGUCACUUUUUCGUAUCAGAUACAGGCUGUUUUGAGUGAAGCUAACAACAAAUUUACUAAAACAUGUGAAAGGAUGAUCAGUGAAGGUCUGCCGGAAGCUCUUGUUAGAAUCGAAAAGGCAUAUGCGGAAUCCAAAACACAGAUCGCAAACUUUUUAAGGAGAGAAAAAGGUGCAGAUAAAGCACUCGAAUGUGUUAAUAUCACAACAUUGUGCACACUCAAUAAAAAAUAUUUGAUGAUGGAAGGAGCAGCCAAGUGUGCGGGUGAUUGCUUAGUUGAUUUAACAUCUAGAGAUGGCGACUGGUUCCUUGAUGAAAUGCGGCUUAUGUUUUCGCAAAUUUCUGAAAUGAUGUCUCUCAUACCCGAAAAUCUCAAAUCUAAUAAUGAUCCACAAAUUUCAUUGGUUAUGAAGUGUCUAAAGAGCGCUGACUCCAUUCAUAAGGGAUUACAGGAAUUAAAUUAUAAUUUCCACACAAUUAUUUUACCAGAAGCAACAAAGACCGUAAUUACAGAAGAACCAACAGUUAUACAAAUGAUUAACGAGCUUGAAGAAAUCAUAACUUCAACUGGUCUGCCACUUAUAGAAAUUUUAGAGCAAAUGGAGUUACAUUUAAGAUUUACAAUAAUGGAGAUGGAAAGUCCACACAUUAUAAUGCAAUCUGUAAUAGAUGGAUUGAGGCUACGUUUUGAAGCUCUUUUGUCCCGAUCCGCUGAUCUACAAGAACUUAACCAAGAGGAGACGUUAACACCUGGUCAAAUGUUACUUAUGGGUUUUAAUGGACUUUUUGAAAAAUUGCAAAUGGAGGGUAACGCAUUAAUCAGCGUUUUGGGAUCGCUGGAAAUACCUGCGAGUUGGAAAAAAAUCGAUCAAAUUCGAGAAGCUAAGGAAAUGGCAGCGCCAAUAUUCAAUGAGGCAGCGCGUAAGGUCUUAGAAGACAUUUUUUUGGUAAAACGUUUAUACACAAUUCAAAAGUUCUUUUCGAUGUGCCGUGACAUAGCCUUCGCUUUCCGGGGAGAAACAGUAAACCUCUAUGACGAUGGAUUUUCUGGUAUAUACACCGACGAGCAAUUAAACAAGCCAAUUCGUCUUUUUACUGCCGAUUAUGUAUCCCGACAAUUGAUUGGUGUUACUUCUCAAAGUUUGGGCAUCGCAUUGUGCUUUCUAUUGCAACGUAUGGGACUUAGCGUAUCAACUGAAAUCGAGCAGCGGGACAUUGGUGCUGAGAGCAAAGUAUCGUUGGAGGAGCUCUGUAGAAAAUUGGUGGAUAUGGGCUUAAAGAAGGGUUACUUUAGUAGCUCGGAGUUGGCACAAGCAAGUGCCCUUAGCGGAAAUCUAGAAAAUACCUGGAGAAGAAAACAAAGUGCAAAGUCUGCGCAACAGGCUGUGGAAGUUGCUCGUGCCACUGUUCAAAGACUGCAAUUGCAGUUAACAGCACAUUAUUGGCUGUACGAAGAUUACUUGCUUAUUGGAUCGAACAUUAAUUUUAUCAAUCCAUUGAAUCGAUCCUCGUUCAUGCUCGAACUGCGUAAGACGGCUGCUGGACUCUCGAACCUCCAGGUACGCGUAAACGAAGCGCGUGAACAACAGCAGAGUCUCGUUACGAGUGCUGUGCAGCGCUUAAAGUGGGCCGCAGGUGCGAAUCCGGCACUUGGUGAAGUAAUGACUGCCUUUGAUAACGCCGUCCUUACGAGCUCGGAGAGACUAACGAGGCAGGCUGGACUCUCGGCCCUCGUUGUUAACGCCUGCAAUUCCAUAAUGCAUUAUGAGGCAUUGCGCACAAGGACCCAAGAGAGUAUAACCAACGACGCGAAUUUUAUUAAACUUGUGAAACGCUGGGAGGAGAGUUGCAUGCUCACAGCAAACCUGACGAUAAGCGUGUCGCCGAUAGAGGAAAGUCUUGUCGAGCUAAUGCAGAUCGGUCCAGACAAUAGUAUUGACUCGAGUUGGCUCAGGCAGAUGGAGAAGCUUAUAUCCGAGGCAAUUGUCGAGGCGCAGAAGAAGACACAGGAACAUCAGGAGGGUCUAGCGGUUGCGCAACAGGCUCUAAGGGAGCAGGUCAGCAUCCUGCAGGCCAUCAUCGCAGAACAUCAUCGACUCAUGAAUGACGUCAGAGUACUACUGAGAAGCAUGGCGAAGCAAGAGAACAUCAUUGGCCUUCAAGAAUUUUUAUUAAAUUAUCGAUCGUGCACCGAAAGUCUGUCGGCUACAGUAAAGGAAUUAGAAUCAGACAACUUAGAUCUUGUUAAAGCGUCAGUAUUGAAAAAUGAAUUGGACACACUGGCUGUCAAAACACCUGCAUUGUACGAUGAAUUAUUAUCAUUUGCGAACGAGUCAAUAAACGAUCAAAAUGUAUCAGAAUUCGUAUUUAACAAAGCUAAAUUAAUAAGGCAAGAAAGCGUGUGUCAGAGUCCUAGAAAAGGAGCUCCACCUGCACGAGAUCCUACAACAGGCAAAGCGAUGCAAGAACGUAAUGUCUACGCGCUGAACGUUUGGCGUCGAGUGCGCAUGAAGCUUGAAGGUCGCGAACCAAACCCGAAUCGCAAAUAUACGACAACGGAGCAAGUCGAGUACGUGAUACGUGAGGCCCAGAGCACCGAGAACUUGGCCCUCCUCUACGAGGGUUGGACGCCCUGGGUUUGAGAGAUCCACGACGAAAGGCGCCCCACCGUGGACGCCCUUGGAACUACUUUGACGCAUGCACAAAUGUAAAACAAAUCAAGCAAGCAACAAUUCCGGCGUGUCUCUCUCCCACCCACCCUCUAGUAUCUCACCCCAAUCGCAAAACUUUAACAGAAGCAAAAAUAAAGGCUUGAUGAUUGACAAAUAAAUAAAACAGCAGCCAAAAACAAGGCGGGGUGAAGACGGAUGCGCAGACGAUUCGUGCACAACGUAGCCGUGCCACGCUAUGAAAUAACAG